CAUGGUCACUGUAGCAAAAUCAUGAUUAAUUAAUGGUUACGAAUACGAUGCCUAACCAUUGUUUAAUCUGUGAAAGCAUAUGUCGUUUUUAAGAGAUAAAAUUCAAAAGUUUCUUGAUUCUACCAUUACUGUACUUCCUUAAACAGUCUGAAACAUACUUCUUUAGAUCAUGACAAAUUCAAAUAAGGGGAACUCAAAAAAAAAAAAACGUCUGUCAUGCUCUAAUUUCAUCACUGUGAGCUUCCAAAGAAAUUCACUUGUCUUCUUUAAACUCUGCUUUUCAGUUGCGACUGAUAAACAGCGGAUACAGAUUCUGAGCCCAUCCUAGCACUCUCCCUAAGCUGGUGUUGGGGCAUCUUUAUGUUGCGACUGAUCACUGUUGAGUGUUAAAACAAGCAGAAAUCUCCUGAUGGCGGAUUCAGAUAUAUACUGAACCUGUGAUCAUUCAAAAAGACUGGUUUCCUUUUCUUCCAGUAACUGAAGUUUGUGUUGAUCACUUCUUUGGAGAUUUACUUAAUCCAUUAGCUGUUAUUCUCCAGGGAAGCUCUGGGAGCGGCAAAUCAUCCAUAGCACAAAGGAUCAUGUUAGACUGGGCAUCUGAAAAAUAUCCAGCAAAAUUUAAUCUGGUUUUUUAUCUGAAGUGUGAAGAGCUGAUGUGUUUUUCUGAAGAGAUGAGUUUGAUUGAUCUCUUGAGCUGGAGUUGCAGUUUAUCUUCCAAUGAGAUUAUACAGAUGCUACAGCGGAGUUCAUCAGAAGUGCUCUUCAUUAUUGAUGGAUUUGAGGAGCUUAGAUUCACACAAGACAUUACUUACACACCACAACCCACUGAUUUACACCUGAAAGCCCCACCUGAAGUCUCUGUUUGUGCGCUGCUGAAGGGACAAAUCCUGCCUGACUCUUUCCUGCUGAUCACCACCAGAUCUUCAGCUACACAGAGACUGAACAAUUUGAUCAACAGACCUCAAUGUUUCACAAAUACAAUUAUGGGCUUUUCUGAAAAGAAGAUAGAGGAGUACUUCCAGAAGUUUUUUCAGGAUGAGGAACUCUUUAGGAAAGCUUAUGAGUCUGUUAAGUCAAAUGAAACCCUGUUGACUGCCUGCUCCAUUCCUGUUAUCUGCUGGAUCAUCUGCACAGUUAUCAGAGAAAGAUUCAAUGAUGGUGCAGAUUUAACAAGAGGUCUGGAAACAACCACAUCCAUAUAUGUUGAGUUUGUGUCCACUGUACUGGAGCAUCACUGUCAGGGUUUGAAUGAGUCUGUCCCAAACCUGCUGAGGAGUCUGGGUCAACUGGCAGAGAGAGGGAUGCUGGAACAACAAGUUCUGUUUGAUGAGAAAAACAUCCAAGAAACAGUCCAAGAUCCGGUUAACAAUCCAUUCUUGAACAAAUUCCUAUUGGAAAAAAGAAUCCAGCAAGAGACAAUGUUCAGAUUCAUACAUCUCAGCUUUCAGGAGUUCUUCACUGCUCUGUACUUUGUCUUAUUGGAUGAAGAUGAGUCUCAGAAGAAAGUCAGAGAGCUUCUUCACACUGUAGAGAGAGGAUGGGCUUUGUCCUGUUGGUCUGUUGCUGACUUUUCAAACAGAGAUUCAGAAAUAAGAAGUUCAAAGCAGCUACAGUCUGUAAUUUUGUUCCUCUGUGGUCUCUGUAAGAAUGAAAUGAUCGACUCAUUCUUUAAAAAGCACAAUGUGGCUGUUAGUAUCAACAUAGAAACCCAGCUGAAGGAAUGGAUCCAUCAGUGUUUACUGAAAUAUCAACAUGAAAACAUGAUGUUCAUUCUUCAUUGUCUCUUUGAGCUUCAUGAGAAGAGCUUCAUUGGGAAAGUUUUGGGAGAUUUGGUUCUGAUCGAUCUGUCCAAAACUCCACUAAACAAGACAGACUGCUGGGUGCUGCGGUUUUGUUUUCAGUGCUGUGAACGCAUCAGAAACCUGAGACUCAAUGUUACAUCUGAUCAUCUGAAGAUACUUCAGCCUGCAUUGUGUAGUUGUGAAGAGCUGUGGUUGAUAGUUGAUCACAUUUCAGAUGAUGUUGGGGAUUUCAUCUUGGCUCUUGGAGAUGGAAAGAUUAUGAAUCAGCUGAUGACAAAAGUGGAUAAAAAACGGAACAGAAGCUGUCCAGAGAUCAUUGGAUCAGUUGAAGACGGUGUCGUCACAUUGUCCAUUAGCUGCUCCAAAAUCUCAAUAAAUAGACCAAUACCCUUAGAUUUAACUCUGAUUUGUCCUCGUCCAGCGAUUUGUACAAUAAACUGGAGAGACGUUCUGCAGAUGUUCAUGAGAUGUACACAAGAACCUGAAGGUUCUGAUAAAGAGGUUGUUGCUCUGUUACAAGUCCUGCGCUCUUCAUCUGGUUUAAAGAAAGUUCAUCUGCAGGUGGACAUCUUGAGUGACACACUGGUCCACACAAUCAUUUCCCUCAUCCAGACCUGUCCCAGUCUCAGUGAACUUGGGAUAAAAGCCAUAUUGACAUUACAACAGGAGGUAAUCCAGACCCUACAGGAAUCAUUAACGCACAUGGAUUGGAUGCUCAACAUCUGGAGGACAUCUGUGUUGCUUAAACGUGACAAAGAUUCAACAGAGGAGGAACUGAAGACAGAAUACAUGGAAGAGGUUCUGGUGUCUGUGUCUUCCUCAAAAUUACAAGCACCUGGACCAACGACCUCCAUGUUCACACCUGAACUCACUAAUAGAGAUGAAGUUAAAGGAGAAAAUACACACAGGUUUGUUUCUCCACAUGCUGGUCAGUUUCAGUGCAGUUUGACAAACCUUGUGUUUGUGAUGGAGGGUAAAGGAGAGAUGUUGUAUAAAAUCGUGCCCUGGGAUCCACGGCUCUUAGAUGGUUUGGGUCAGAUGCAGCCUGCAGGUCCCUUGUACAACAUUGACUGUUUUGAAGGUUCAAUCUCACAACUGCAUCUUCCACACUGUGAAAUUCUCUCAGAGGAGAAUAAAGUCAGUUUGGCUGUAGCACACAUCACUGGUGAUAAUGUAGAAGUGUUGCAGCCACUCAAAGUGAGCAGCACUCAUGUGAUUAUUAAUAUCACUGAGUUUUCCCUGUUUGGACUCAUAAAAAAGAUCAUAUUCCCUGAAUGCCCUGUUCAGUCCCAAGUUUUGCUGUUUGUUCGUCCAUUAUCUGUCAAACGGAAAGAGAAAAUACUGGAUGUCCAUUUGCUUCCAGUGACUGUUCCAGUGUCAGAGGUACUGUACUCCAUCUGUCAUUUGUCAACAAAUCCUAACAAUUACAAUAGGGUUUCACACAACUCUGCUGUUGGUCAGAUGUUUGAGCGUAAUUUUGGUCCAAACUAUCAUCCCACAUUUGAAGUGUUUCUUGAUGUCAACACUGAGGAGUUUAAAAUGGGUGUUUUGGAUAAAACUGAAGCAAAGGAAGUAUGGAUGACAAGACGAGUUAUUCUUACAGGACAAAGUCCCAAUGCAGACACUGCCGAUGUCAAAAUGGCCACAGAAUUUGUGGACAAACACCGUGAUCAGCUCGUUCAGAAAGUGAUCUCAGUGAUGUCAAUAGCUGACUGUCUGAAGGGCAAAGACAUGAUCCCUUCUGAAUUGUAUGGAAAACUUAACGCUGCACAAACAGACCAAGAAAAAAUGAGAAUUUUGUUUAAGGUUCUUGACUCAGGAGGACGUGAGGUAAAAUAUGAAUUCUACAUUCAACUGGAAAAGAGAGAAAAACACCUAGUAGAGGACCUGAAGUCUGGAUGUUGACUAUCGCAUCAUCACAUUCCUGCUUCUGUCAAAGAGCCGAGUUGUCUGGUGUUGACGUCAGUGGGACGAGCCUGCACUUUUAUCCAACCAAGCAGACAGCAGAAUACAAAAGAUGCAGAAGUGGCCAAAGUAUAAAAAAGACAUACUGACAGGUGUGGAAGAGUGAUUCAGAAAUUACAAUAUAAAUAUAUUUACAUUUAGGCAUUUAGCAGACACUUUAUCCAAAGUGACAGAGGAAUGCUCGUGAUCCCUGCAAUUUUUCAACAGCUGUAUAUAUAGAGUAUGAUUAUAUAUAUUAAUUAAAAUGUUAUAUUUAAUUAAUAACCUUAAAGCAAUAUAAAGCUAUAGUAAUCAUGGUAGUUAAAUACUGUAAGUAAAUAUUGAUCAAACAUUUUGGGUGGUUUUGUGUGCGUUCAACUCUGUCUGGCAACACGGGUAAGGUAACUUAUUAAGUACCUCUUGAAGCAUGACUUUGGGAUUCUUAACAGCCAACUUGUUUUCAAAAUUAGAUUGGACUGGCGACUAUAAUGAACUAUUGUCCAAAAAUAAUUACUAGUCAAACAAUCCUCACACUGAGGAAAUUUACCAUGAAUGCACUGUAUGUCACUUGGGUAAAGUGUCUACUUUAGAUACCUCAAUGCACCUAAUUUUUAAGUCUUUGGACUGUGAGGGAAACUGAUGUGGAGAACACUCUUAAAAAUAAAGGUGCUUAAAAGGUUCCUUAGAAGAACCCUUUUUUUUGUUCCUCAAAGAACCAUUAAGUCAAAGGUUCUUUAAAGAACCUGUUCUUUUAUAUUUUUUAUAAUCUGAAGAACCCCCUUUUCACUUUAAAGAUGUCAGAAGUGCUUUAAAGAACCAUAUAGAUCGUGAAGCACCUUUAUUUUUAAGAGUGAACAAAGACCUCCUGGCUCAACUCAGAUUAAAACCAGAGCCGUUUCUCAAUAUGCGUUCUUGUCUGUACUUGCGUUCUUGUGGACUUGUGAAACGUCAUCAGUCGCGGCCCAAGUACUGUUCCAAUUCAAAGUUCGCAUCAAGCCCAAGUUCACAUAAAAUCCCCGAAUGUGUUCUUGAUCGGCCAAUUUUAUCGAGGAUGCAUCAGAGGAGACUUGUGUGGACUUAUGACAGCGAAGUUUCCCAGAAUGCAUUUCGCGUCAGAAGUUCGUUCUUCCGAAUCUGAACUUGCAAGUCCGAACUAGGAAGGACACAAGUCCGAACUUGGCGUACUUGGUAUUGAGAAACGGCUCAGGAGAUUUCCUUGCUGUGCUACCCACUGAGUGUAUAUACAAGUACACUGCCCCUGAAAAAAGAUGUUUACAUCUGUAAUACUUUAAAAUGAUAGUUUAUUUUUUGUAAUGUUUAUAUAAGCAUGUUUUUAGCUUUGUAAUAAACAUGCCUAAUAUCUUUGUAUCAAAAUACACAACAAACGACCUUUUUAUACUAUGACAAAUAACAUGAGGUAGGCUUAAUAUGAAAUAUGUUUGUAUAUAUCUUGUUUGAUAAUACUGUGAAAAACAUAAAUCUUAUAUUCCUCUUUUGUAUUUUAGAUUAUGAUAAGACAAAACACUGAAAAUAUGACAAAAUAAAAACACAUUAAAACA